CUAUACACAUACUUUCUACUUUGGCCCGAAUUAUUGAAUAUUGCUACUAUGGCCUGAACUAUGUAGCAAACUUCCUCAUAUGGCCUGGAGGCGCGUUUGACCGUCAAAAUAGACGGUCAACCAAGUUGACCGUUAGUCAAUUGCCACAUCACCUGCCACGUAGACAAAAAAAAUCAUAUUUUUUUUUACAAAAAAUAAAAAAUAAAUUAAUAACUCUAAAAUAAAAAAGGAACGGAAAAUAAAAAAAAAUAAAAAAAAACCCAUCCCUAUCUUCCCGCAUCGAUUCGCCCCAUUAAAUAUCGAAAUGGUUACCAGCAAUGCAGGCAUUAAAUCAGGUACUAAAAGCUACAGACACGCAACACUAAAUUGAGUAAUUAACUUAAAUGCGGAUUAAGGGAUGAACUAGCUAGUAAUCCCAAAUCGAGCAUCGUCCACAAUUCCCGCAUUUUGUACCAAUCAAUUCAACCGAGACGCUUAAUUGAAGUAUCCAAAAGGAGAUAAAUGGCGGAGGGAAUUUACAGCAGGGGAAGGGGAUCUGGCGAUCCUUGGAGCGGGUUGAGCAGCAGCAUUCGAAGCAGCGGCAGUGCGGGAGAUAGAGAGAGGAGGAGGAGGAGCGCUGUAACGGAAAUCGAGGUCGUCAGGGUCGUCGUCAUCGUCGUCGUCGGCGGUCUGGGAAGCCAUGACCUGAGCGAGGCGCUGGGCGGCGGCUUUGGCGGCGAAGUUCUGGGGGAAUGGGGGGAGUGGCGUGCUGAGAUCAGAAGCUAGAUCUUGGUGGCGAUGCCGACAAAAAUGGAGGAGAAGCAAUCCAAUCAAACCAAAGGAAAAGGAAAAGGAAAAGAAGAAAGAAAUCGAGAACGUUGCCCAGUGGCGGUGCUGUGUGAAGUGAAGUGUGAGAUUGAAGAUGAGAGUAGAGGAGAGUCGGCAGCGGGGCGAAUCGAAGGGGAAGGGAGAAGGAGGAGUCGGGGAAGGAGUCCGGCGAAUUAGCGACGGCGGCGUCUUUCACCGACCGGCCGCCGCUGCAUUUGCCGGAGAAUCUUCGAGAAUCGCCCAGAAUUCGUCGGGGAAGGGAGUUGGGGGUAGACGAUGGGUCUGAAAGGGGGGAGGUAAUUCCCGAUACGAAUCGAUGCGGGAAGAUAGGGAUGGUUUUUUUUUUCUUUUAUUUUCCGUUCCUUUUUUAUUUUAGAGUUAUUAAUUUAUUUUUUAUUUUUUGUAAAAAAAAAAUAUAAUUUUUUUUGUCUACGUGGCAGGUGAUGUGGCAAUUGACUAACGGUCAACUUGGUUGACCGUCUGUUUUGACGGUCAAACGCGCCUCCAGGCCAUAUGAGGAAGUUUGCAACAUAGUUCAGGCCAUAGUAGCAAUAUUCAAUAAUUUGGGCCAAAGUAGAAAGUAUGUGUAUAGUUCGGGCCAAACUAAGGUAUUAACCCUAUAUAAAACACCAUUCUAGAAAAUUCAAGCAAAUCACAAAUUAACUAUACAAAUUGUUUAACACCAAUCUAGAAAACUCAAGAAAAUUGAAGCAAAUCACAAAUUAUCAAUAAAUAACAUGAUUAAUUGAAAGUUUCUUCUUUUCAAUCAAGUUUUUCACUCUCCACUCGAUAACAUCAACUUCAUAGUUCAUACUACAUAACUAGAAAGAAAAAAUUAGGCAUGUCUCCACAAACAUAAAUAAGAUUAGUUGUUUAGAAUAUUAAAUAUGCCGAGAAAAUUAAUUAUAUGGGUGUGGGCGGGUAUCCAUGGGUCGGGUUUACCUAAACCCAACCCAACCCGAUGAAUAGUUAACAGAUUUAAACCCAAACCUGGCCCAAAACCCGUCAACACGGAUUUUAUCCGCGUUGACCGGGUUGGGUCGGGUGGGUACCCAUGAGUUCGGGUUUUGUUGCCAUCCCUACUUGUCAAUGAAAGAAUAUACAAAUUUACGUAUGAUAUAUGCUAGUUAAUUUAUAAUGAGAUAAACCAAUUUCACUAUAUCUACAAAACACUAUAAGGCAAUGUCAAUAUAUGACAUUUGCCACGUCAACCUCGGCUAAAAGCACCGCACAGUGCGGAGGGUCCUUAAUGUAAAUUCCCUCUUCCUCGCAUUCUCUCUCCAAGUUCCAAUCUCUCAAAUGAAAUCGCCCACCUCUCUCUCACAUACCCACCAAGUUCUGUCUCCCACAGAAAUUAUAUCAAGGACCUCCAUCCCUAAUGGAAGAUCUUCAAUGGAAGCCCUCUUCCCAGAAAUUAAACAUCUCUGACUCACCGUCACACAGUCAAACUACAACAAUCGAAGACCUCCCACCCCUAAUCUCUCUCUUUCUCGCAUUUUGUAUCCCAGUCUCCCACCAGAGAUCGAACGCCUCUCUCGCCAUCCCAACACUACAAUUGAAGACCUCUCACUCAAUCGAAGAUCUCUCAAUUUCCCACCGCCGCCCUAUCUGUCUUUCUUGGCUCCGAGCCAUCGGUGUUUUGUAGCCGAAAUCCCUUGAAAACCGCAUUCAUUUGUUCUUUCGUCGUCUGUGUGUGUCUCUGACCUGCUCCUCUCUGUCGCCCUUGCCGUCCCACUUCGUAGUCUCACUCCAGCGUCGUACUUUACCCUAACCAUCCUGGAUAAUCCGCAUCUCUCGCUUUUAAUGUUUUUCUCGCUGCAUAGAGUCGAGAACCUCGCAUAACGCCUAAUCGGAGGUAAGUUCCCUUAGUGAAUUUUAGUUUUUUGGCUUCUCGGAAUCUGUUCAUGGGAUUUCCGUGCCGAUAUUCUUCCAUUUAUUUUUCCUUUUGAAAUGGGCGUUCGAUCCAAUUGUUACUACGCGUCCCUGGUUUUGUUUUACAGUUGUUCAGUGCUUUGACGAGAUUUAGAUCCAAUAUCUGAAUUGGGCUCCGAACCACAGUUCGUCGAAGAAUUUAUUUCCCCGGACUGAUUGGUUAACUUUCUUGCUGGGAUUGACCGAUUGCAGUAAUGCCCUCAAAGCUUUGUCACCGUGAUACCUUUUCUAGCUAGAAGAACGUUCAACGUUGUAUCUAUUUCCAAAUUGAAAGCCCGCCUCACUGUGUGAAUCGCCAUCUUGCAACUUUAACUAUGAGGAGAAGGAAGUUCCUUUGGUGGUCCGAUGGAUGCAUGGAGUGAAUGUUGUUUCAGUCCCAAGUACGUCACUAUUCGUCUUUCGCUUAUCUUUGGCUGUUGUGAAGUUUCCUUUCAUGAUUUGCACUUCAUUAGCUCUAGCUUCUAAGCAUGAUAUAAGUUUUAAAGUAGUGCAGUUCGUGAUGAGCAAAAGCAUGAAUUGAGAUGGCAUAUUAAUUAUACUGGAUUAGUUGUAACUUCAAAGCAUGAUAUACGUAAUGAAUGAAAAGCAGUUUGUGAUCAGCAAAUCAUGACAUGAGAUGGCAUAUUAUUUUUAUUGAAUUGGUUUUAACUUCUGAGCAUGAUAUAUGUAAUGAAGCAAAAUCAGUUUGUGAUGAGCAAAAGCGGUGUAGUUUUAGAUUUUAAAUAGUUGCUUUUUUCAAUUUACUUUUUAUGAUUUUUUUAAUUACUUUUCUUCUUUUGUUCUUAGUGUUUUUCUGGGAAUUGCUUAGAGAAAGAUGCUCCAGCUAUCAUGAUUCUGUUUUGCAUGCUUAUUGGUUCUUUGCAAGCUUUUUUGUCACUCAGAUUAUUUACUCCUUUAUUUGGUAUCUGUUCGAUGGAAUUUUUGGUUAAAUUGGUUUUUAGAAACUUAUAUCCUUUUUCUACUUCAUAAAAAUGGAUAAUUUAUUUGAUCUUCUAUGUUUGAUUUUCCUUCCAGGGCUUCUGGACUUUGAUCCUCUUUAGGGAGAUGUGGUGGUGGUUGUUAUCUGUGCUAAAAAAUUUCUGCAAGUAGUGGGGUAGUAAGAGUUCUGUAGUCAAUAACCCCUUAGCUUCCUCCACUCUCUUCCCUUACAACUCAUUCCAUUCUUCCAUUUAUUGUAUGAAAGAAAGAGUGAUUUGCUUAUUUUUUCAACUUUCUCUCACUUUAUUUGCGGCAUAUCGACUGUUUCUAUUAUUAUACAGCAGAUGAUGUUCCUUGGAAGGCCAGCCUAAGCGUAACCGAGCUACAAGAAUGAUUUAUAUUUGUGAAAAACGAAUGAAAUUUGGAAUUCCCA